CUCUUCUUCAACUGGAGUUGAAAGUUAAAACGUCUGUCGGUCGUCAUGACGGUCUUACAUCGAUGAGGGGAUUUUACACAAGGCAUUAAGGGGAAACGGUACUUUAGACUGGUGUAAAUAUGGCUCAUCGUUCCCAGUGCUCCUCUGCCGGGGACAAUCCCCUGGACCCCAACUACCUGACCCCUCAUUACCGUGAGGAAUACCGAAUGGCGAUUGACACCCUGGUUGAAGCUGAUUUGGAGGGCUACUAUGGCUUUCUUCAGGAAGCAGAUGUGGUUGAUUUCUUAUCCCGUUCAGAGAUUGAGUAUAUCAAAUGCAUGGUGCAGGCUCCACAUCACAUUGCCAAACCAGAGAGGCGAUACAUGGCUGAAGAUGUAGAUGGCUCUUCUGACACUUACUGGCCGGUACACUCAGACCAUGAUGCUCCGAGCCUGGACCUAGGAUGGCCGCAGCAAUUCAGAUUUGUCGGACCCACUGAGGUCACUACGUUGGUGAAUCCGUCUGAUCCUGAGAUGCCCAGUAUCAAGGAGCAAGUCCGCAGAAUGAUCAAGAAUGCACAACAAGUUAUCGCUGUGGUAAUGGAUAUGUUUACAGAUGUUGACAUCUUUGCUGAUAUCCUUGGUGCAGCGACACGUGGUGUUGCUGUUUAUGUUCUUCUUGAUGAACUGAAUGCUCACCAUUUUGUUGCGAUGGUAAACAACUGUAGGGUGAAUCUGGAUGAAAUAAAAUUCAUGCGGGUAAGAAUUGUGUCUGGUAGUACCUACUACUGCCGAACAGGAAAGACCUUCAAAGGUCAGAUGAUGGAUCGCUUUAUACUGGUAGACUGCAGAGCUGUUUUAAGUGGCAACUAUAGCUUCAUGUGGUCUUUUGAGAAGAUACAUCGCUGUCUUGCUCAUCUCUUUCUGGGACAGCUUGUAACCACCUUUGAUGAAGAGUUUCGGAUUCUCUUUGCCCAUUCAGAGCCACUGGUUGUUGAAAAUGUUUUGGCAAAUAUGCCACACUCUAGUGGAGAACCCAAAAGCUACUACAACACAGAAAAGACCCACAUAUUUAACAGAGAAUAUCCAACUAUGGGCAUGGAAUGGGCUGGGCGUACUACAGAAGAUCAUAUGAAAUUGGGUUACAAAAUGUUACCCUUUAGGAGUGAAUCCAUCCACAGUGCAGCAGAAGCAAAUCCCUCUGUUCAGAGGAAUAUGAACCUGCAUGCUGUCCAGAAAUAUAGAGGGGACGAUCAAUUUAGGGAGCAUGGAAGGCAAAUGAGAGGACCAAAUGAAACGGUUGGCUUCAAAAGACAUAGCAGUGGAAAUAUUCCUGAUUAUGAAUACAUGCCCCCUCAAAACCAUCCAACAAUAAGAGGAAAGCAGUACACAGAGGGAGCAAUUCCCCAUGGUGGACACUUUGCACAGGAACCAUGUAUUCACAAGGGAGCUGGAUUACAAUCUGGUUAUGACAUGUAUGGAAGGUUUAGAGGCCAAGGCCAACACAUUGAUCAGUUUUCAGGGCCUGGCUACCCUCAUGAGGGAGAAGAGGAUGAACCACCUGGAGCUUAUGACCAUAUUCAAAGAUACUUGCAGUCUCACCCUGCUAUGGAAGAAGGACAUGGUCCAAGAAAUGUAUUACCACCUGUGCAGUCCAAUCUCAAGAGACAUAGCAUGGGACAGUCUUAUACAUGUCAGACCUCCCCAACACAACCAAACCCGCCAGAACAGAAAUGUUUCUUCAAUGUAAACCGCAAAGCACAGGAUGUGAGUCAAAAGCAAGGCCUGCGGGACUGGAGGAUCAGCUCAUACCUUAGUGCAUAUGAUGAUGCAGGAGAGCUGGAUUUAGCUGAACUUGAAGGAUCCACUGCAUGUGAUGACAUUCCAUGUUUUACGCAGGAAGCUCCUUUUGGCCCCAUACGUGCUGAAAUUAGACUAGGAAAUAGAGAGUUUAACAGGAUACCUUCACCUAGGGAAAAUCCCAUGUUUGUCCAAAUUCAGAAUAAUUAUAUUGUGCCUGACAGUUCAGUUAAUCAUCCAUCUGACUUAUCACAAAUAAAUAUCAAAACAACACCAGCAUCAACUUCAGAGUCUUCUUGCACCACUGAGGGAGACAAAGUGGAGGAGACGCAGAAUAGAGAGCCUAAAGAGACUAGCCGGAUAAGUGAAGAGUUCCUCAAGAGGAAACCUAGCCGACAUGUCCAGAGAAGUUCCAGACUGAGACACUCACUGAUAUUCAGUUCAAAUUUGGAGUUGCAUGCAUCAGAAGAGAUGAAAGAUGCUGGUGGAGAAAAAGAUGGAGAUGACGCUUCUAAACUUUCAGCUCGUGUGUCACAAAUCUUGGAUAAAAGGAGGACUGGUUCUCCAUUUCAACCAUUCCAGUGGAGCAGUUAUGUAAAGUCAGCCACAUUUGAUAACUCCGCCUCAGAGUCUGCACAACCUGAGGAUGAACUGAACAAAAUGGGUGAAAAUUCUGAUGUAGAUAAGGUUGAAAACUACCAAAAUCUUAGAAAGAAUUCAAUAAAGGGUGAUCUGGAAAAAAAAGAUCUGCCUCAAACAGUUCCUGAAACAAACAGCCAAAGGGAUGAAUGCCCAUCUAAUUUAUUGCAAAAGUCAUCUUCUUUCAUAGAUAUGAAUGACCCUGACUGUAGACUGAGGUAUUUCAAAGAGUUAGCAGCAAAACGCAAACUUGAAGCAGCAAAGGCUUCUCAGAGCAAUCCUAUGAAAGCCACUCAAAAGUUUACUCUACCAGAGAAACCGUCAACUAUUGACGCAGAUAAAACAACAGGACAUGUUUUCAAGAUCCCAGAAACUCCACUCAAGUCAAAAAAUACCCCUUUCACAGUAACAGAUAUCAAAGAAACCUAUAAAGACACCAAAUGUGAGGAAUCGAGUAAAGACAUCCUACUCAGAGCUACUGAUGCUGAAAAAAUUAGAUUUAAGAAAAAACUUGCAAAAGAGUCUGGCUCAUCUUUAAAAAAUUUCAAGGGAGACAUUGAUCAAGCUCUAAAAGAAGAGGCAAGAACAGUAUCUACAGCUAAAAACCAGACACCCCCCAUUUUAAACAUUUUUUCACAAAAGCCUCUCUGUGCCUCACAAAAUCAAGUAGUUUCUGUUGCAUUAGAUGCUACCUCAACAGAAUCUGACCUCAACCAAUAUCGUAUUUCUAAAGAAACAGAUCCCUCCCAUGCCGUUCUGACUGAGAGUUGUCUGCCUAUAAAGUUACCACAGACAAAGUGUGUGUCAUCACUACGCACCACUCCAAAUGAGGGAAGUCUAUCUGCAAAUGACUCACAAACUCUUGCACAGAGCUUACCCAAUAUUUUUGGCACAUGCUCUGAUACUGUGCCUCUUGAUUCUAAUUCAACAGCAAACCUUGCAAUUGUAGAUACUUGUGUACCUUCAAAAAAUUAUCACAAAGAUACAGUUACCUCCCCAGCAUUUUACCAUACAACUGGAAUUAGUUCCACCAAACAUUCCACUGCAAUAAAGGCAGACUCUUCUCAGAACCUCAAUGAAACUGGGGCAGAUUUUUCUAAACACUCCACCGCAGUAGGGGCUGAACCAUCUACAGCAGAAAAUGUGUAUUUCCAACACCACUCUGCAACAGAGAAAAACUCUUCUCAACAGCAUACCUUAAUAGAAUUUGACUCUUCCAAACCAACCACUACCACAGGAAGUGAACCCUCACGAAAAUCUACUUCAGCAGAGGCAGACUCUUCUCAACACACUGCUGCAUCUAAAAUAGACAGUUUUCAACAGCCUGCUGCAGUGAGGAAAGACUUUUCCCUGCACCCCACUGCUACAGAAAGUGGAACUUCAAAAAACUUCCCUAUUACAACAGAAACUGACUCUUUCCAACAGCCAACUGCAGCAAAAAUUGAAUCGUCACAUCAGUCCACCACAAUUAAAGCAGCCUCUUCUCAACAGCCUACUGAAACAGGAGAUGACUCUUUUCAGCCCCCCACUAAAUCUGGGACAGACUUUUGCCAACACUCCACUGCAGUAGAAAGUGACUCUUCCCAGAAGCCCACUGCAACAGAGACUGACUCUUCCCAGCAGCCCACUGCAACAGAGACCGACUCUUCUCGGGAGCCCACUGCAGCGGUCACAGACCAUUCUCAAAAGCUCACUGCAUCAAUGGUAGACGCAAUUGAACAGCUAACUGCAUCAGAGGCAGACACUCCCAAGUCCCACACUACAACAAAAAGUGACCUUACCACAGAACCUUUCAAACAACUACCUUUAUGGGGGGCAGGCUCUUCUCAACAGGCCAUUGCAACAACCACAGGUUCUUUCCAGAAGCCCACUAAAACUAUCACUGACUCUUCUAAGCAGUCCACUGUAACAGAGACUGACUCUUCCCAGCAGCCCACUGCAACAGAGAUCGACCCUUCCCAGCAGCCCACUGAAACAGAGACCAACUCUUCCCGGGAGCCCACUGCAGCAGUCACAGACUCUUCUCAGCAGCCCACUGCAAAAGAGACCGACUCUUCCCAGCAGCCCACUGCAACAGAGACCAAAUCUUCCCGGGAGCCCACUGCAGCAGUCACAGACUCUUCCCAGCAGCCCACUGCAACAGAGACCAACUCUUCCCAGCAGCCCACUACAACAGAGACCGACUCUUCCCGGGAGCCCACUGCAGCAGUCACAUACUCUUCUCAGCAGCCCACUGCAAAAGAGACCGACUCUUCCCGGAAACCCACUGCAGCAGUCACAAACUCUUCUCAGCAGCCCGCUGCAACAGAGAUAGGUUUUUCACAGAAGACGACUGCAGCAGACAAAGACUGCUCCCAGAAGAUCACUUCAACAGGCACAGUCUCUUCCCAGCAGCCCACUGCAACAGUCACAGACUCUUCAGACACAGACUCUUCCCAGCAGCCAACUGCAACAGAGACAGAUUCUUCCCCUGAGCCCACUGCAGCUGUCACAGACACUUCCCAGAAGUCCACUUCAACAAGCACAGAUUCUUCCCAGCAGCCCACUGCAAAAGAGGCAGACUCUUCCCAGCAGCCCACUGCAACAAAGACCGACUCUUCCCGGGAGCCCACUGCAGCAAUCACAGACUCUUCUCAGCAGCCCACUGCAAAAGAGACCGACUCUUCCCAGCAGCCCACUGCAACAGAGACCGACUCUUCCCGGGAGCCCACUGCAGCAGUCACACACUCUUCUCAGCAGCCCGCUGCAACAGAAACCGACUCUUCCCAGCAGCCCACUGCAACAGAGACCGAAUCUUCUUGGGAGCCCACUGCAGCAGUCACAAACUCUUCCCAGCAGCCCACUGCAACAGAGACUGACUCUUCUCGGGAGCCCACUGCAGCGGUCACAGACUCUUCUCAGCAGCCCACUGCAAAAGAGACCGACUCUUCCCAGCAGCCCACUCCAACAGAGACCGACUCUUCCCGGGAGCCCACUGCAACAGAGACCGACUCUUCCCAGGAGCCCACUGCAACAGAGACCGACUCUUUCCAGGAACCCACUGCAGCAGUCACAAACUCUUCUCAGCAGCCCGCUGCAACAGAGAUAGGUUUUUCCCAGAAGACGACUGCAGCAGACAAAGACUGCUCCCAGAAGAUCACUUCAACAGGCACAGUCACAGACUCUUCCCAGCAGCCAACUGCAACAGAGACAUAUUCUUCCCCUCAGCCCACUGCAGCAGUCACAGACACUUCCCAGAAAUCCACUUCAACAGUCACAGACUCUUCCCAGAAGACCACUGCAACAACCACAGACUCCUUCCAGCAGUCUUUUGCAACAGAGACAGAUUCUUCCCAGCAGCCCACUGCAAAAGAGACAGACUCUUCCCAGAAGCACACUGUAACAGCCACAGACUCUUUCCAGCAGUCUGUUCCAACAGAGACUGACUCGUCCCAGCAGCUCAGUAUAACAGAAAGUGAGUUUUCCCAAAAUCCCACCAAAAUGUGGACAGACACUUCCAAACAUCCUAUUGAAACAGAAAAUGAAUCCCUUCAAGACAUCACUGCAACAAAGUCUGACUGUGUGAAUGAGAAAAAAGAUGAGAACUUAUCCGAAGCCUUUAGCAAACGAAUACCCAUUCCAGAGGCUAACAGUACUCAAAAAGAAAAUAGCAUAUCUCAAAAUGCAGUCAUCACAGACUCAAGUUCCCCAGCUAAACAUUCCCAAUCUGAAACUGUUACACCUUGUGAUAGCCAAGUGGAACUAAACCAAACACAAGCAUGGGCCAAACCAUGUGUAACUCCUACAGUUAAAGACACAGACAAUGGUGCUUUAACUAGUCUUGAUUCAGUGGAGGUGAGCUCAACUCAGUCUCAGGGUUCUCCAGAGCCUUGCCUGUCCUCGAAUGAGAUCAACUCAACUCAGGGAAUAACACAAUUACAAUCUAGCUUUUCAUCAAACCCUAUGGAAUCAAGCUGUCAAAAUGACUCCAAGCCUGAGAAAACAGACGAGUGCCAGAAAUCGGACACAGAUCAAACUCAGAAUCAUGACACUUCAGCUGUAGAUGCAGGGCCCAAGAUAGCUCACAUAGAAGUUUCUACAGCAACAGACUCUAACGAGGUUGAUACAUUUAAACAAACGACACCAGAGGUAGAAAACACUGUGACUAACUUUGCAGAGGUGUCAGAAAAGUCACAUUUGACUGUAAAAAAUAAUUCAAGUAAGUCUUCUGUUGCAGAGAAUGCAAAAUCGAUAAUGUCUGCCCAUCAGACAUCUACUGCAAAUGUUAUCUCUUGCAGCAACCUUAGAGAUGACACUAAAGUUCUUUUAGAGCAAAUUUCAGCAAAGAACCAAAGCAGAUCUUCCCAGUCCAAGCAGACUCUUGUUGCACCCAAUGAAGCCAAAAAGGGUGAGGUUAGCUCUGCAGAUAAAUUGUUUUCAAAUAAUUCAGGAAGGCCCUGGUCCUCCAAGGCUACACCAGAAGAGCGGGAGAUGUUACUACAAAAGAUGGAGCAAAUGCGUAAAGAGAGGAAGGUCUACAGCCGUUUUGAGACCUCGUGAAUUAAACCAUUGGAAGAGGGGCUCCAUUGAUGAACAAUAAGAGGAAAGCGAUUUUGCCUGAUGAUUUUUUUUUACCUCAUAACUGUGAACCUGCACAAACUUGGAUCGAAGUGUCUAAUAACUUCUGAUUAUACCAAAGAGUGCUGCCUAUAUUGAGAGAAUAGAAAUCCCUGCAGGGCUUAACAAGCUAUGCAGAUGAUCUGUGUGACAAAACAGGAACUCAACCUUUUCCGGCUGGAAUAAGCUUUUGAUAGGGCAGGUAUUUCUCUCUGUGUGUGUGUAUAUAUAGUGUAGCUGUGAAACACAUUUCUGAAUCUUUUGUAGUUAUUGGGAGUUCUAUAUUCAGAAAUGAUUAUCUGAUAUAAAUAUUGUAAAUAGAGAGUUGUUUACAUAACAAAAACAAGGAGUUAAUUAAAAAUGGAACUGCCAGAGACAGAGCAUGUGAGCGAUGUGGAGUGGGGGAGGAGUUGCGUGCUAUUGCCAGGAGCAAGGAGCAAGUUUUCUGAAAGUCUCCAAGAUUGUUCUGAUACUGCUCCAACAUGUUAACAGACUAUUGUUUGUGUUUCAAUACAGCAUAAAACUUUUCUCCAAGUAUUGUUUUUUUUUUUCAUUUAAUAUAUGUAUAUUGUGCCCAGAUGUUUUUCAAUGAUAAUAAAAACAAACACUGAAAGAACUUUAUAGUGGAUCAGUAAUUGGGCACACUUUUUUCUAUGUAGUGAACUUGAAGCAGUGAGUAACAGGAAAUGGAAAACAUGAGACAAAGUGGAGCUGGAGCAAAAUGAUUACAUGAUGCUUUUGGAAAAGGGAAAUUGUUCAGUCAUAUGAUCUG